AUGAAUUUAUUACGACAAAAAGCCGUUCGUCAGAUUAAAGCAGUACUUCGAUCAAUACCAGAGAUUCGUCGUGUGAAUGAUGAUCAAGCAUGUUUUGAUGAAAAACUCUAUUCGUUAACACGAAUUGAACCUGUUCGUCACAAAGAAUCAGCUUUACCUUUAGGUCGAUUUAUGGUAUCAAUACCGCAAUGUCAAGCAGCUUCCUUGAUCGAAACAGACAUUGAAUUUAAUAAAAAUUCAAAUAUUCGAUCAUUACCGAUCGAACAAAGUGAUCACCAAGCAGUCUUGGAUAAAGACGGCGGAUUAAGAGUUCCUGUUGACCUUUCAGCAUUUGUUUCAACAGCAUUCAAUGAACAAGUUAAAAUAGCUCGUACAUCGUCAUACUACGAUUUGAAACGAUUUCGUUGGUAUUUCGAUGAUUGGAGGAAAAUACCUAAAUGGACUGAGAUAACUGAUAAAGCAAUUGCUGAACGAAAGAAUCGACAAGUUGUCGUCGAGUUCAGCUCACCAAAUAUCGCCAAGCCACUUCAUGCUGGCCAUUUACGUUCCACAUUACUUGGUCAAUUUGUUUCAAUAAUACACGAACGCUUUCAACAUCGAGUCUAUCGGUUAAAUUACUUAGGGGAUUGGGGAACACAGUAUGGUCGACUGGCGGUGGGAUUCGAACGCUUUGGAUCUUAUGAGGAACUUCGCCAGCAUGCAUUGAAACAUCUACUUGAUGUCUAUGUUCGUGCUAAUCGAGAUGAUGUACUGCAAGAAGAUGCCAUGAACUAUUUCGCGAGAAUGGAAGCAGGUGAUAAAGAUGCACUGAAUUUAUGGAAGACAUUUCGCGAGAUGUCAAUCAGUAAUUUAAAAGAAGUCUAUAAGUUGUUCAAUAUCCAUUUCGAUGAGUAUCAAUCGGAAUCGCAAUAUUAUCAACAAGCGAAAGAAGUCAUCAAACAAUUACGUGAACUUGGUUAUGGUCAUCAACGUUCCGAUGGAGUGUUAGAAAUGAUCAUACCAGCGAAAUAUAAUUCUCUACCACGCGACGCUCGUGUUGUUGUACAGAAAUCUGAUGGAACUACACUCUAUAUCACAAGAGAUAUUGCUGCGUUGAAAUCCCGAUUAGAAACUAUGCCUAUUGAAAAACUACUAUAUGUUGUAGAUUCGAGUCAAACGGAACAUUUUCGUCAUCUGCUAACAAUAUCAAAAGCUAUGCAAAUUGAUCAAGUACAAAACUGGGAUUUGGAUGAUAUGUACAUUCCAUUUGGUCGGAUGAUAAACUUUCAAACACGAAAGGGCAAAUUUGAUCUGUUGUCCGAUGUAUUCGAAGAUGCUAAAGAACGAGCUAAAGAAGGCUUAGAUCGUUUUCUAAUUCGUAAGUCAGGCAUUGACGAAGUCAAAAUAUCCGAAGUAAUUGGCAAAGCCUACUUAAUCCUAACCGAUUUUUCACGACCAAGACGUGCUGAUUACAUAUUUUCCUGGCAUGAUAUAUCAUCCAAAGAUGGUAUCGCAUUCCUACUUCUCUAUUGUCAUGCACGAUUAUGCAGUUUGGAAAGAGAAGUUAAAAUGCCGAUUGAUUGGUCAGCUGAUGUAAAUCGAUUGAAAGAUCGACGAGAACACAUUCUCAUCCAACAGCUGAGCUGCUUUCAAGAUGUUCUCUUCGACGCUUAUCGUUCAUACGAACCGAACAAAGUCGUGCAAUAUCUUGUUCGUCUUGUAAAAUGUAUUAAUCGAGCAUUGGCUACACUCUAUGUCAAAGAUGAAGAACUCGAAUUAGCUAAAGCUCGUUUGCUGCUCUAUCAUAUGUGUCGUCUAUCACUCAAAGAAGGUCUUGAAUUACUUGGCAUUGAAGCAUUGACUCGCGUAUGA